AUGAGAUCUCUCCGUUGGGCUCGUGCGGCCCUGCGUGCGCCACAGGCGCUUCGCUCAUAUACCACCAAUGCAUCGCUAGAGGCAGCGGCUCAUGUGCCAGCAUUCUCCAUCCCCGAGGAACCGAUUGCGAUUGAGCAUGCAGAUGAAGCGACAGCGCAGGCAAGUGAAGCGCAGCGUCGCGCCAACUACCAAUAUACUCAUCCAGAGGAAGCAAAGAAUGAACUUGAGCGUCAGAUUCGUAAGAUGCAUCAUACACUGUACGAAGAACUGGGCGGCCUUGCGAGCACACAAUCGCGCGAUACCUCGUUCCGCCCGUUCAAGCUGCGCACGCAGCCGAUCGAGGGAUAUGAACUCACUCUCUCUCACCUCUUAGCCGCAACGGCCCAGAUGGGGCACGCUAAGCAGCAUGUCAAGCAUAGCUAUGGUCCCCUGCUGUAUGGAUACCGACAUGGACAAGCGAUUAUUGACGUCGAGCGAGCAACACUGCCUGCGCUUCGGCGUGCUGUGCAAGUGGUGCGACAGAUUGCAGAGAAUGAUGGCAUCAUUCUGAUUGUAGGCACACGACCGAACCUGCGUUCAGUGGUUCGCUCCGCUGUGGAGCGCUUGGGCGCCAACGGUUUCCACGUGAGUGUGGACCGCUGGACGCCAGGUGUGCUUACCAAUGCGUCGAAAUUGCUGGCGUCGGCGACGCAGUACAGUGUACAGCGAUCCCGAAAAGAGGGCAGCGAAGAGGCUAUGCCCAACAUGUCGCGCCUCGCAGCGACAACGUACCGUCCUGACUUGGUCAUUGUCCUGAACCCUACGGAAAAUGAGCAUGCGCUACGGGAAGCGACACAGGCGAAUGUGCCCACGAUGGCGAUUGUCGAUACGAAUGUGGACCCGCGCGCUGUGACGUAUGCGAUUCCUGCAAACGACGACUCGCCUCGAGUAGCCGAGCUUGUGCUGGGUGUGCUUAGCAAGGCUGGCGAGGAUGGCCUGCGUCGUCGUUGUGCUGCAGUCGAGGCCUGGGACAAGGACCAGCGCCGGCAUCGUCGUCGCGCUGCACAGGCCUCGUCAUCGCGUGCAGACCAGCGUCGCAGCGAUAGUGACGUCGAUCGAAGCGGUGUGUCACCGUAUGGUGGCGACGCGUCGUUGACGACGACACCACCGCCUGGCACAGCUCCCACGUCGCAGGCAGGGCCAUCGACGUUGACCAUGCCGCCCAAUGCUAGUGACACAAAUCUCUCGUCUCACGCACGACCACCACCGACGACAGUGGCGCCAAUGAAUCCAGGGGCCCCGCCGUCGAUGGGCGGUAGUCAUUUCCUUUCGUCCGUGGGCAGCUUUGCCCCGAACUUUUUAGGCACGCCGACGAUGCCGUCAGCGGAGCACGAUACCAACAAAACCACGGCCAAGAAACCGAAGGGGCCUUCGCGCCCUGUGGGCCGCCCUCCGUUGGCAGGAAGAGCUACAGGAGCACGUCGUGGACGUCCUCCACGCAAUCCACGGCCGCCUACGGAAGAGGCAGCGUCAAUGCCAGCGUCGUCCACAGCGCCUCGGCCGCCUGGUGUCUCGAUGAUGCAGCCUGGGUGGACGCCUGUAUUGACCAUGCCACAGCAGCAAGCACUGUUAUCUCGCGCUGUCCAAGUCUCCAAAGCGCAAAACCAGGCGUCGUUUACGCCCUUCCAUGCGUUGAUGCAGAUGGGUUCGCCCACCGAGAACCUUCGAUACUGGCCAGAACUUCCUACGCCGCAGCGCGAUCGCCCCUUGGUCGAUGGUGGUAUCCCGCCGCUGACCAAUGUGGCAGGGAUCCCCAUUACGACGCACAAUACCCAGCUGACCAAGCUUCCGAUUCCCUUGCCAGAGGCGGCCGAUGAUGUGUACAAACCGCUCACGGAGAAAGACACUGAGGAGCUACGUACGAUCCUGGAGAACGAUGCGUCGUUCCGUGCACGUAUGACGCAGCAGCAAAAAGCCAUGGAUACCGAGCUGUACGUACGUGUCGCCCGCUUGAUGCAGCCUACGCGACCACUGCCCUGGUGGGAGACGUCGGCGCUGCCAGACGCGCCCAAGCCGCCCAGUGAGUCUUUGCGACUGAUCUACCCUGUGCAACGCCAGCGUGCCCUGGAGCAGGGUGUACGUGGUGUACGCCCUGUGGUGCCGCUGGACGUCGACGAAGUAGCGCAUGCACAUGCGCUCUAUGUUCCGAUUCGACUGGAGCUGGAGCAUGAACCCUACAAGCUGCGCGAUACGUUUGUAUGGAACGCCGCGGAACCCGACUCGGCCAUGGACAUCUUUGCCGUAGGGCUCUGUGAAGAUUUGGGUGUGCCCACGUCGGUGUUUGUGGAGUUGAUCAAGUCGUCGAUCCAGUGGCAAGUGCAAGAGUACACAACGGCCAUGGCGCUGCGGGCGGUGGAAGCCGCGCCAGAGGCGAAUGUUGAGGGACGUGGGCAGUGCACAGAGACACAGCGCAUCGCCUGGGACGCAUUGCGGACCUAUGUGUGGGCGGCAGGUACCAAGCCCGCCCCGCCAAUCGAUGAAGAGACGCCGUCCACGAUCGAUGAGCAAGACGAGCUACGGAUCGUCAUCAAAGUGGAUAUCCUGGUCGGCGCUACGCAUCUAGUGGACCAAUUUGAAUGGGAUUUGCGCGCGAACGAUACGGUCGCUGCGGAGCGCUUUGCGCAAGCGUAUACAGCUGACUUGGGCCUGGGCGGCGAGUUUACCACCGCGGUGGCACACUCGAUUCGUGAGCAAGUGGGCACGCACAUUCGGUGGCUUACGCUGCUGGGAUACCCCUUCCACAAGCUUACGCAGAUGGACGAGGAGGUGCGUACCUCGUUUCUUCCUCCCCUGGCCCCAGAGCACAGUGCACGACCCCGUGAGGCCGUGGACCGAUUCACGCCGAAACUCGUGCAGCUGCAUCCGAGCGAUGUAGCGAUGAUGGAGCGCGAAUACGAUCGCGAUGUGCGACGGAAGCGACGACAGACCAAAGGACGGCGCGGCGCGACGACAAUUGAUCACGAGCCGCAGCGUACGAUCCGAUCGCUCCCGCUGUGGGGCUUGCAAGGCGCAACGCCGGAUCUGGAGAAGCCGCCUGUGCUGCAUGCACGUCGUGCGGCCGCGGCUGCGGCUGCUAGUAUGCUGAUGCAUGAGUCGUCGGCGCAUGACGACCGUGCGUCGCCCGCCCCGCCCACGACCAAGCGCGUAAAGCAAGAGUACCAGGACAUGCUGUUCCGGUACCCAGGCGGCCUCGGUCCUAUCAUGCUUCGCAGGACCGCCUCUGCGCCCCGCUACGGUGGCGCGUGGGCUGCGCACACCGCGGCGGCUACGUCAGCGACGGCAGCGGCUACCAACACAGCGUCGACCACGCCCAUGACAUCCGGCGCAGAGCCCAAAAACGCCUUCCAUGUCCCGCCACGGCAUGUGCGCCCGGAAGACUUGGAACGACAGCAUCCGACGAUGAUUCAUGGCCAAUGGCACUGUGCGAACUGCGGCAUGCCGGGUGACAUGGACGCGGCGCGGCGCAAAGGCCCAGCGGGCGAAAAGACACUGUGUGGACCGUGUGGAAAGUACUACCACCGCCAUCGACGUGUCCCGAAUGUCAAGUAUACCUUGGACGCGGACUACCAUCGCGGGAGCGACGACGAGGCAGCAUCCUCUACGCCCCCCUCAUGGCUUACGCAGGCCGUGGAGCAUUGCCGGACCAAGUAUCCUACAGACCGAUUCCACGUCCAACCCCGUAUCCGCCCUGCGGAUAUCCCACCGGAUGGCGACGACUGGCGGAUCAAGUGUGUGGACUGCCCUGGCAAAGUGUACAAGCCUGGACCAGGUGAAUCCUUGGCAAACUUUGAAAUUCAUUUGAAAAACCGUAGUCAUCGCACAGCCGUUGCGAAGCGGCUCGAAAAGGCAUUGUUGGCCCAUGAUGAUGCGGAGCAUGUAAAGCAAGGCGAAGGGCAACAGGAUCUCUUAUUUGCAGCAGUGGAUCGGGAUGGCGUCUCAGCGUUAAACGCGAAAGAUGAGAGGGCUGCUGCGGCGAUUAUUAGGCCAUAUGAUCAACGUAUGGAUGAAACGCAGGCGCUCGAAUCGGAUGUGGACGAUGAACUACUGAUUCGGAUACCCUUUGUGGGGAGUGUGCGACUCCGAGCCCUGCUCGUGCGAACGGGCCCCGACGCCAUGACGCCACUCGCUAUUCAUAUCUACAAGAACAUCGAGACGUUGGACUUUGACGAUGCAGCGAACGAGACGCCAAAGCCGACACAGAAACUCGAGUCAAUUCCUACGACAAGUGAUGUAGUAGAGCUUCCAUUGCUUGCGGCACGGUUUUCGGACGUCCAAACCUUAACGCUCUAUAUCCCUGGCAGCCUUGGCGGCGAGCGUCACGCUGCAGACCCACAUACACGCUUCACUUUCCUGGGAUUCCGUGGCGAGGCGCGUAUGCUGCAGCGCAAUGGGCCUGCAACCAUCGUGUACGAAGCGGCACCACGCGCCACCGAUCAUACACGUGUCGCAGGCACCGCCUCAGGAACCCACCCUACCCAGUAG